AUGUCUGCCAUCUACAAAGCAUUGCAGUCCAAGCUGUCUAAGGACACUUCGGAGAAAACAAAACACAUCAACCGUCAGAGAGUGUUGGUGAUCUCGUCUCGUGGUGUCACCUACAGACAUCGCCACUUGAUCAACGAUUUGACGUCGUUGAUGCCUCACGCUAGAAAAGAACCAAAGUUCGACUCCAAGAAAAAUUUGUACCAGCUUAACGAAGUGGCUGAGUUGUACAACUGUAACAACAUUUUUUUCUUUGAGGCUAGAAAGCAUCAGGAUCUCUACCUUUGGAUCUCCAAGCCUCCUAAUGGGCCUACCAUGAAGUUCUACAUUCAGAACAUGCACACCUUAGAUGAGUUGAACUUUACUGGUAACUGCUUGAAGGGUUCCAGACCAAUUUUGUCGUUUGACAAGUCGUUUACGGAUUCUGCCCACCAUGAGCUUCUCAAGGAGACAUUCACUCAUACUUUCGGAGUUCCUCCUAAUGCCAGAAAGUCCAAGCCUUUCGUGGACCAUGUCAUGACGUUUUCCAUCGUGGACAACAAAAUUUGGGUGCGUAACUACCAGAUCUCCGAGACGGAGGACAUCAAGGAGUCGGAAGAUUCUAAUGUGGACGUUGAAUCGUUGUCCUUGGUGGAGAUUGGACCUCGUUUUGUCAUGACAUUGAUCACCAUCUUGGAGGGUUCAUUUGGCGGACCUAAAAUUUACGAGAACAAGCAGUACGUGUCUCCUAAUGCUGUGAGAGCACAGUUGAAGCAGCAAGCUGCUAACCAGGCCCGUUCGCGUGCUGUGGCUGCAUUGGACAGAAAGGUGAAGAGAAGAGACCAGGUGUUGAAGGCAGACCCGUUGUCCAACGAGAGUUUGUUUAAGUAG